GCAACAUCGUGCGCCAUUGAACCGAACGCUGCGCGCUUGCGUCAUGCGUCGCACGCAAACGACGUCACUUUUCCCCAAACAGGAAGUGGCGGGGCUGUUAGUUGGACCCUGCGCUGUUGUUGUUUUUCCUUUCAUUUUCCAAUUAAAAAUAUCGAUGAUCUAUUUAGUACAAUGAAAGUUCGGCCGCCUCGCGCAUGGAUAACCGUACUGCACUGCAUCCUGAUCUCAAGGCUGCUCGUGGAGGCCAUAGAGCCCGUGUCCACCUCGCUGCUGCUGGGGACAGGAGCUGCAGUGCUGGGCAGGAAACUCUAUCACUAUUUAUACGAAACGUGUGAUGAGAACUGGCUCAAAUUUAAAGCAACAGGACUGAAGAAUGACCUCAACACGAAGCUGUACGGGCAGCAUGUCGCUGCUCAGGUCAUCCUGAAAGCCGUCACCGGCUUCAUGAACAACAAAAACCCAAAGAAACCGCUGGUUCUGUCCCUCCACGGCUGGACCGGGACCGGGAAGAACUUCGUGAGCCAAAUUAUAGCAGAAAAUAUUUACGAGAAAGGGAUGACGAGCAACUUCGUUCACCUGUUUGCAGCGACAGCACACUUUCCCCAUGAGGCUCACAUUGACACGUACAAGACCCAAUUACAGGAGUGGAUACGAGGGAAUGUUUCCAUCUGCCCGCGUUCCCUGUUCAUCUUUGAUGAAAUGGAUAAAAUGCAUCCGGAGCUGAUCGACAGUAUUAAACCUUACCUGGACUUCUACGACAACCUGAACGGAGUGUCGUACAGACAGGCCAUCUUCAUCUUCCUCAGCAAUGCCGGGGGUGAGAACAUCGUUCAGGUGGCUCUGGAUUUCUGGAGGGACGGUAGAGAACGAGAGGAGAUCCAGCUGAAGGAUCUAGAGACGGCACUUUCACUGUCCGUCUUCAACAAUAAAAACAGUGGUUUCUGGCACACUAGUUUAAUUGAUAAGAACCUGGUGGAUUUCUUUGUGCCGUUCCUUCCUCUGGAGUUCAAGCACAUCAUUCAGUGCGGUUUGGCUGAGAUGGUCUCCAAGGGUCACGACCCAGAUAUAGAAGUGGUUGAAACCAUGGCCCGCGACCUGAACUACUUCCCUAAAGAGGAGCGUGUCUUCUCCAUGCAGGGCUGCAAGGUCAUUCCCGCCAGACUGGACUUCUAUGUUUGAUCGAGAGGGGAAAAAACAAAGACUCAAGACAGCAAACCUGUUAUCUUCUGUGCGCUUUAUUUCACAGAACAACUCCUGCAAUCGAAGGAAUUGCAGAAUUGCUCCUCGGACUGAAUGACAAGCUGUCUAAAGACUGCCAGGGAGGUUUUUACUCAAUCACAGUUGUUUUAUACACUAAUGGAGACUGUUUUAUUCAUGUCAGCUGCUGAAGUCCUUGUUCUCAAGGGCGUUUCUGUUCAAGAUGAUGAAGUUGCAGAGGAAGCUUUUUAUUAAAUGACUUUGCACAUUGUGGAGCUCCUAAAAACACUGGCUGUCAGCGAUUUUAUAAUGAUCUGUAUUAUCAUGAGGGGAAAAUUUAAUUUGCCUUUAUCUUGAAAUAUCACAGAUACAUUUCUGCCUUUAAAAAAAAAAAAAAAAAAAUUGUCAUGGUUAGUUGCGGAUGAAGAACUUGAAUCUCAUUUUGACCAUUGAAACUUAAAAGAUCAUUUGUUUUUCCAAUGCAUCACUGUCAGGAUUCAUAUUUGUGUUGUCGAUAUGUGCCACUGGUUCUGAUUGAAGUAAAUCAAAGUGCCUGUUUAUCUUACAAGAGUUCAGGAUACAGCCGAUGAACCCUUUUUUUUUUAAUUAAUAAUUAUUCUGCAUUAUUUAAUGAUCUGGUUUGAACAUCUUUUCAGAUUUGAGACAUUUAUGAAACUUUAAUUUUGAGAUGCGCCAAGAUAACAUACUUGAAGGAUA